UUUUUUUGAGAUGGAGUCUUGCUCUGUCGCCCAGGCUGGGGUGCAGUGGCCAGAUCUCAGCUCACUGCAAGGUCCGCCUCCCAGGUUUUCUCCAUUCUCCUGCCUCAGCGUCCCGUAUAGCUGGGAAUACAGGCGCCCGCCACCUCGCCCGGCUAAUUUUUUGUAUUUUUUUUUAAGUAGAGACGGGGUUUCACUGCGUUAGCCAGGGUGGUCUCGAUCUCCUGACCUCGUGAUCCGCCCGUCUCGGCCUCCCAAAGUGCUGGGAUUACAGGCUUGAGCCACCGCGCCCGGCAUACAAAUGUUUAAUACAUGAAAUCGUAUCACACAUACAGUUUUCUAUCUGCUUUUAAAAAAUUGUCCAUGGAGACCUUUUCAUCACUAUAUCCUCAUCCUCAUUUUAAAGGCUGUGUAUUAUUUCACGGUGCGGAGGAAAGUCUUUUAAAGACUGUGUGUUAUUUCACGGUGCGGAGGAAAGUUCAGGUAUUUGUUACUCACCUGCUGUUGUUGGAUAUUUGGGUGAUCUAGAGUGGAGAUAUUUAAAUACUUUUAAAGUGCUUUUGGGAUGUGAAUUCUAAUACUCAGGCAUCGGGCACCAGUGUACAAUCAAAAGCCCCUCUCAGAAGGUGACAGAAGGUCCCCAUGUCCCAGAAUUAGCUCCAAGAAAACCCAAAAUGAAAAACGGACCUUGAUCCCCAGCUGAGUUUUUCACAGGGUGACCUUGAGCAAGCUGUGCGUGCAGCCUAGCCUUUGCCGGGUCUCCCCACCACAAAAGAGCUCUCCGGAAUAUUCGAGGAGGGGUGGGACUCCCAGGAACAAAGCACACGCUCUUUCUUGCACAGCCCCCCGUGGACAAAGCUGGAACCUGGGCCCCGGGUAUGCUCCCGGCCUGCAAAUGGAGACGCUGCUUCAUUAUUCUCUCUAAAUGUAAACUUUAUUAUCAGCCCCUCUCCUACCCCAGGGAGUCCUGGCCAGCCCAUCUCCCCACUGCCCUAGAGCUGUUGGGGUGUGAGGUCUCAGGCAAGGCCGAACAUUCCAGGGCAGGGAAAGAAGGGGAGGGUGGGUUCUGGUUACCAAAGUGUUGCCCACACACGUGGCUUCCAAGAUGCCCAUCGCCUCGUUCCCUCCACCCACCGCUGGGCCCAGGGCUCUUUGCCAAAACUGCCUGUGGCCGCCAUGUCCCUGACCCCUGCUCCUCUGGGUCCACAAACUUCUCUUCUAAAGGAAAGGAUUCCAUGGGGAUGGAGGGAUUCUUCAACCUUCCUGCUUCCUCCUGCCCAAACCCUCAGGACCCAGGCUUUGUGGGCGCCUUCAGGCAGGCAGGAAGGGGAGGACCCAGGCUUUGUGGGUGCCUUCAGGCAGGAAGGAAAGUGUCUUGCAGGUGGCUUCAAUAUUCCCCCUACCACAGACCCCUCCAGACCAGAAGGACAGACUUGCCUCUCCCUGAGUAGAGAAGGGAAGGAAAUCCAGAGAGAAAAAAAAAAUGAAUAUCCAAGCCCUUCUCCUGCCAUAGUCUCUCCCCGGCAAGUCCAGGUCCUCAAAAGGACACUUUCUUUCCCAUUCAGGUCCCUGCCCCACCCCUACACACCCAGCAAAAAAUAGAGUGGGUCCCAUGUUUCUCCCCCAGUGUGGAUUUCCUGGAUUCCCACAGGUGAAGCGCCUGCUCCUGCCUCUUUGGGGGUCAUGUCCCCAGGCCCCCUGGGAGUAGGAGCCGAGUCUGUGCUGUGAACACCCCACCAUCCCCCUGAGCAGGUCUCCUCCUAGAGAGGCCCUCCCCUCAGCCCCAGCUCCGUGCUCCCUGGAGCUCCUGGGGCACCGUGGACCAGACUAUGAAGUGGGACUUCCUGACUGAGCCCUUCAAGGGCUCCUUUGUCUCUCCUCCUUGUCCCCUCCCUCACAGGCCUGCAGCCCCCCUGAUCAUCUGCCAGCGCUUGGCCCCGCCAUGCCCACUGCAGCCUAGACGGCUGCUUCUCAGCAGAGGGUCUGUCCUUGACCAGGCCGAAAGGUGACCUCGGGGUCCUGUCCAUCACCACCUUGUAUGUCCGUCAGCAUUUAUCAACAAUCCCUAGUUACCUUGUUUGCAUUCCUCGAUUAGUUUACCUGCGAACUAGCUGUCUUGCUAGUUAACCUCACGAGAACUGGGGGUGGCUUGCGGGUCCCACUGUGUUCCCAGCUUCCCGAGUGACACUGCACAUAGUAGGCACUCAGUAAAUAUCUGUGAAAGGGUGGAUGAGUGAAUGGGUUGGAGGAAACCCCUCCCUAUUCAUGUCCAUUCUGAAGAUAAGAAAACUCCCCGCUUCUACCUGAAGGAAAAACCUUCCUCCUCCAAAAACCCUCAGGUGCUAAAGACGGCUUUAGAAACCCAAGGCAAGGAAGUUUCUUCCAUCUGCCUUUCAUCCGGCAAAAAGCCCUCCACUCAAGAGAAGAAAGGGCACUGGAGUUAAUUGAGGGGGAGACAGGGAGCAGGUGGGAGAUCCGGAGGGAGGAGAGAAAGGGGAAUUCAGGAGGAUGGAGUCCAGCGUGGAUUGCUCCAAAGCUUGCCCACCACGCCCUAACUGCAGGUGCGAUUCCGGGGCCCCUGUGGCUCUGCUGGGUCCGGGUGCAGGCAGGCACAGAGGUGCUGGCGUCAGCUCAAUUCGCAGGCCCCGGACUCCUGUCUAAACAGGACAGGCUCGGGCAACCGCAGGGCACGGGCGUCUGCCAAUGAUGGGGGAGGACUCUGCUGCUUCUUAAGCUCCAGCGACUCAAGCCAGGGCGAGACAGCCCGCCGGCCGCCCAGAUCUCCACCUGCCACCCCAGAGCUGGGACAGCAGCCGGGCUCCGGCACUGGGAGGGAGACCCCGCCGUGGCCUCUUCUGCCACCCACGCCCCCACCCCUGGCAUGGCCGACCAGCUGACAGAAGAACAGAUCACAGAAUUCAAGGAGGCCUUCUCCCUGUUUGACAAGGACGGGGACGGCUGCAUCACCACCCGCGAGCUGGGCACGGUCAUGCGGUCCCUGGGCCAGAACCCCACGGAGGCCGAGCUGCGGGACAUGAUGAGCGAGAUCGACCGGGACGGCAACGGCACCGUGGACUUCCCCGAGUUCCUGGGCAUGAUGGCCAGGAAGAUGAAGGACACGGACAACGAGGAGGAGAUCCGCGAGGCCUUCCGCGUGUUCGACAAGGACGGCAACGGCUUCGUCAGCGCCGCGGAGCUGCGACACGUCAUGACCCGGCUGGGGGAGAAGCUGAGUGACGAGGAGGUGGACGAGAUGAUCCGGGCCGCGGACACGGAUGGAGACGGACAGGUGAACUACGAGGAGUUCGUCCGUGUGCUGGUGUCCAAGUGAGGCCGGAGCCCACCAUGCUCCUGGGCGCCCGCUCGGCCCGCAGGGCAAGAACCCGGGGCCUCUAGCCUCCUCCUCCUUCCCCGCUGCCUCCCCAGGGCAGGGUGGCGUCUUCCUGGGCCAGGUUGAUUCUGCCCACCUCUCUGCAUCCCACUUCCCGCAUCUCUUCUCUGCGCUCCUGCCCACCUUCCCACCUGCUCAUCUGAACGACAUGGAACUCUCCCGCUCCAAGCAAACCGUGGAACCCUCCCCACUCGGGAGAAGCAGAGCUGACCUUAGGACCAAGCACCAGGGCAGGUUGCGCUGACUCUGCGGCCAGUCAGGAUGGACACAGGGUGACCCCUUAGAGCACGCAGGCAAGAUCCCUAACAGGCACCCAAUGCCCAGGCCAGGGCGGCUGCAGCCCUCAGCCCACGCCAGGAUUCCCGGAGGCUCCUGGACUGGAGGCUCCCUCCGCAGUCGGAUUCUGGAGGGUGGGAGGCCUCUUGGCCUGCGGUAAGGGGUGCUGAUGGGGACUGUGGCCACAGAGGUUAGGCCUCCUGAAAACAGCACUGCCUUCCACGCUGCCCCAGCUUGCCCCUUUCCUUGUCGGCCAACCCACCGUGAUUCAUCCUCUGAAGCUGGGAGUGAAACCGGGUCAGCUGUAACCUGUUCCUAUUCAUCUGGAAGGAGGGAGGUUUGGAUGAGCAGGGGAGGGGAGCUGCAGGGAAAUAAAUGAGAUAUUCGUUCUUAUUUCA